CGUGUGUGGCGACUAUUGCCUGCGCAGGUACUCAGUUCUCUAAUUUGUGUCUUUUUUGAAAUGGCGUUAAGUGGUGAAGACCAACGCAGGGUAAUUUCAGAGUUUAUAGAGUGCUAUAAAUCUGAGCCCUGUCUGUGGCGAAUUAAGUGUAAGGAGUACCACGAUCGUGGAAAAAGGGAGGCAGCUUAUAAAAAACUGGUGGAGAAGCUUAAGGAAAUAGACCCUGCCGCUAAUAAAGAUGCAGUCAUAAAGAAAGUUAAUAAUUUAAGAAGCAAUGUUAGAAAAGAAAAGAAGAAAUACGGAGAUUCUAUUAAGUCUGGAGCAUCAGCUGACACAGUGUACCAUCCUAAAUUGUGGUAUUACGAUUUAUUUGACUUUCUCAGUGACCAAGAGACGCCAAGGGAAUCUACAUCGAACUUGGAUCCAGUAGAGGAAAAUUCAUCUGAGAUUUGGUCUACACAAGAAAAUGAAAAUUCACAUAUUGCUGAUGAUCUGAAUUCUACAUCCUGUGAGAGACCGUCUACAACAGACAACGCAGGUUCAUCGACCGAAAAUGAAAAUGUUCCAUGUUCAUCAGGAGAAGGUAACACUUUCAUUGCUCGAUCAAGACCAGGUAAACAAAAGCGGAGCCAAGAUUCCUUGACCAAUGAAGUUUUGACGACUGUACGAGAUCAUUUUAAGCGCCCGUAUCUGCAAGAAGACCGUUUUGACAUUAUCGCGAAAAGUUUUGCGAUUAAACUGAGAGAAUUGGACAAAAGACAGAGCCUAAUCGCAGAAAAACUAAUCAACGAUGUUAUUUUCGAGGCAGAACUUGGCCAUCUUACACUACAACAUAAAUGCGUUAAUAUACAGGAAAUCUCUGACGCAACAAAUCGUAAUGUGCAGCAAUAUCAACCAGCUAUGUUUUCUCGCAAUUCAGUCUCAUAUCCCUCAUCACAUUCAUCCAGUCCUGGUCAUACUAUUACCCCUACAGCCAGUCCUAGUCCCAAUUUUGUGCAAUACAUCCAACCAGAAACAAGUCAAUUACAGCUUAACCCUAAUUACAACUGUCAACGUUCUCAGUCGCAGCAGUUCUCUCAUACCAGUUCCGCACAACAUUGUUCUGGAUAUCAAGAACACCAACAGUCUUCCGAAAAUGUAGUGGUUAUGGAAUCUAGUACAGAAAAUUCUGCUGCUUCUUAUCUUACCAACUUUAAAAGCUUUGAUUAAUGUUAUUUAAAUAAUUAAUACAUUACACAUUAAGAAAUAAUAAUUUG